CCAAGAUGAAUCCUAUGGAGAAACAGAAUCAUUCUGCAGUGAUUGAGGUGACUGAAUUUAUUCUCCUGGGGAUCACCAGCAACCCUGGGCUGCAAGCACCUCUCCUCGCAAUCUUCCUCACCAUAUAUUUGAUCACAGUGACAGGCAAUCUGGGCAUAGUUAUCUUGACCCAUUUGGACUCCAAGCUAAAUACCCCCAUGUACUUUUUCCUUAGACAUCUGUCAAUUACUGAUCUUGGUUACUCCACUGUCAUCGGCCCAAAAAUGAUGGUAAACUUUGUGGUGCACAAAAAUACAAUUUCCUACCAUUGGUGUGCCACCCAGCUGGCGGUCUUUGAGAUUUUCAUCAUCACCGAACUGUUCAUUCUUUCAGCAAUGGCCUAUGAUCGCUACGUAGCCAUCUGCAAACCUCUCCUCUACGUGGUCAUCAUGGCAGAGAAGGUGCGUUGGGCGCUGGUCCUUAUUCCUUAUUUCUACAGCACAUUUGUGUCGCUCUUUCUCACAAUCAAAUUAUUUAAAUUGUCCUUCUGUGGCUCUAACAUUAUCAGUUAUUUUUACUGUGACUGCCUUCCUCUCAUAUCCAUGCUCUGUUCAGACACACAUGAAUUAGAAUUGAUCAUUUUAAGUUUUUCAGGCUGUAAUCUGCUCUCUUCCCUCUUGAUUGUUCUCAUAUCCUACAUGUUUAUUCUUGUGGCCAUCCUCAGAAUGAACUCAACCGAGGGGAGAUACAAAGCCUUCUCAACCUGUAGUUCCCACUUGACGGUGGUGGUCGUGUUCUAUGGGACAUUAUUGUUUAUUUACCUGCAGCCCAAAUCCAGCCAUACUUUUGAUAUUGAUAAAAUGGCCUCUGUGUUUUACACCUUGGUGAUCCCUAUGCUGAAUCCAUUGAUCUACAGCUUAAGGAACAAAGAAGUAAAAGAUGCUCUGAAGAGAAUUUUAACCAACCGAUGCAAAAUUCCCACUUAAUAUCAUACAGUUCAGUUGCUAAGCUGGGUCCAAAAGUCUUUGUUUAAUGCUCUGCCAGUUAAAUUAUAGCAUCAAAAAGUAGAAAUGUUUUACCUGAUUGAUUGUGUUCCUCCUUUUUGGACAAAACUCCUCCUAUAUCUUCCUGUAUUCUUCUCCAUUCCAAUUGAAUAAAUGAACGAAUGAAUUAAUUAAUAUUAUAGCCAGAUAAUUUAAGUUCCAAGUUAUGUCCAAGGUCAUAUUGGAGGUUGUAGGCAAAUCAUAUUGAACUUGG